UGCCAUUCGCGGACACAGAGCUGUUUGUCCAGCUGCAUCAUGUCGACCACAGUGUGGAGACUCGUUAUUGUCCACUUCUCCGCCAUUGUCGGUUUUUCCUGCUGUGUCCCGAACAGCGGGGACAUCCCAGCCAUCGCCAAGUACUUCACCACGAAGGGGAGAUACGAGGAGGUGAACCCGCACCUCAUCGAGGACAUACUCGCGGUCAACAGGUCCGUCCUGCAGCCUCCAUUUCCACGAUGCCGAGAGAUCCAUCUGACCGCCAUCAUACGACACGGCACCAGGUACCCGACCUCCAAGAACGUCAAGAAGAUGCAGACGCUCUACGACAUCGUCAAGAGCAGCGCCUUGGGCAGAGAGAGCUGGCUGCGUGAGAUCCAGAACGAGUGGACCAUGUGGUACACGGAGGACAUGGACGGCAGACUCGUCCAGAAAGGCGUGAGCGACCACAAGAACCUGGCGGUGAGGCUCUCGAAGCUCUUCCCGUCACUGCUGACCGAGGAGAAGUUGCGAGCUGGACUCGUCAAGUUCACCACCAGCUCCAAACACAGGUGUGUCAACAGCACGCUGUCCUUCAAGGCAGGACUGACCGAGCUGUGGGCCAUCAAAGACAUGGAGUUUGACCACACGGUGAACGACGCUCUGAUGAGGUUCUUCGACAGUUGCCCCAGGUUCGUGGAGGAAGUUGAUAAUAACCCCUCAGCUCUGACAGAGAUGGACCGGUUCAGACAGGGACCAGAGAUGAGGAGGGUCACGGAGAAGAUUGCAGACCGCCUUAGGGUCUCAUAUGAGAACAUCACAGAUGAUAUGGCCGAGGCUGCCUUUUAUUUGUGCGCAUAUGAGUUGGCCAUCAAAACUGUGAACUCCCCCUGGUGUCGGCUCUUCGAUGAGGUUGAUGCACAGGUUAUGGAAUAUUCAAAUGACCUGAAGCAGUUCUGGAAAAGAGGCUACGGUCAUGAUAUUAACAGCAAGUCGAGCUGCAUUCUUUUUCACGAUAUGUUCAGCCGACUGGAAAAAGCAGCCAAUGAGAACAAGUCUGGCCAGCAGGUGACUGAAGCUGUGACAGUCCAGAUCGGACAUGCAGAGACCCUCCUGCCGCUGCUCACCCUGCUGGGCUUCUUCAAGGACAGCGAAGCCCUGACGUCAACCAACUACGCCACUCAGUCCGGACGCUCUUUCCGCACCAGUCUCAUGUUGCCCUACGCCGCCAACCUACUCCUGGUGUUGUACGACUGCGGGCAAGGCGACCUGAGACUGCAGCCGCUGCUCAACGAGAAGGCGGUGACUUUCCCUGGUUUAGGUGACCAGCGGGCCUUGAUCCCACUCUAUGUGGACGUUAGAAAUCACUACCGAGCACUGCUCAAUGGCUGUGACUCUGAGACUGAGUGUAAGCUGGCCGAUCGUCCUGCUCACGGUUAGGCAGACGAGACGGAUUGUGGGAAAGGUGGCGAUAUAUUGGCUUUAUUGUGUUUUAAGUUUUUUACCUAAUUAAUCAAAUUUGCACCUGUUUGCUUAAUACCAAAGAAAAGGUAGUUUUGACUUCCAGGAAUGACAUUUAAAUUUAAAUUCCUUUUUCCUGAUAAUUAAACAAAUACUUUUGCUGUGUCUAAAUAUGUUGUCUUCUAGAUAUAAUAUGCACUAUAUGUAUAUGUAUGUAUAUAUAUAUUCAAAGCAUUUCAAGGUCCUGAUUUGUGCUGACUCAUAUUGAACCACACCCCACUAUUUACUUUUUUAAAUAUCUACAUUUAGAUUUACUUCCCCGUAAAAAGAGCAGGCAUGACACUAAAUGUGGACAAGUGUGAACUCUCAAAAACAGAGGUUGCCUUCCUGGGCCACAUAAUCACAACCGCAGGCAUCCGCCCCGACCCCCGAAAGACUGAGGCGAUCUCAAAGAUGAAGGAGCCAACAAAUGUGAUUGAGUUGAGGAGUUUUCUUGGAAUGGUCAACCAGCUGGCAAAGUUUAUUCCGCAGCUGGCAGAAAAAAAUAAGCCACUUUGUGAUCUUCUCUCAAAGAAAAACUGCUGGGUUUGGAACGUGGACCAGGUUACAGUGUUCGAAACACUGAAGCACUGUCUUCUCCUCCUGUGCUGGAGAUGUAUGACCCGAACACAGACACCAAAGUGUCAGCUGAUGCAUCAUCUUAUGACUUGGGUGGUGUUCUUCUCCAGAGACACGAGGAAGAAUGGAAGCCUGUGGCGUACGCAUCUCGAUCACUCACUCCCACAGAACAACGGUACGCUCAGGUAGAAAAAGAGGCCCUGGGCCUCACAUGGACCUGUGAAAGGUUCCGGGAUUUCCUCAUAGGGAAACAUUUCUGAUCAGAUAACGGGCCUCAGUUUUCUGGUCAAGCUUUCAUCACCUUUGCAGCUUCCUGUGGCUUCUGGCACAUCACCAGCAGCUCGAGAUUUCCACAGAGCAAUGGUGAAGAUGAACGAGCGGUCCAGACCGUGAAAAACCUCCUGAAAAAGGCGGAGGAUCCCUAUCUGUCUCUACUCGCUUACAGGGCCACACCUCAUCAGAGUGGUUACAGCCCGGCGCAGCUCCUCAUUGGGCGACGUCUUCGCACCACAGUGCCAAGUUUUUCUUCAUAGCUUGAACCUGCUUUGCCUGACAUCACCAUAUUUGCUUUGAAAGAAAGAGUGAAGGGACUGUCAGAUGCUGAAAAUUACAACAAGCGACACCUUGCCCGAGCUCUCAGUUGCCUGCCACCAGGAGAGCUGGUGUGAUUGGUGGAUGCAAGAGCAUCAGGAAGAGUGCUUCAGAAACACUCUGCUCCAUGGUCUUACUUGGUGGAGCUACCUCAGGGUGUUGUGAGACCCAACCACCAGGACCUGAUACCUCCACACACACCUGCUCAUGACAGUGGUUUUUCAUCACCGCAACAACCACCAGAGCCAUUGCCUACACAUGCAUCCAUGCCACCUUCCAAAGCUCCCCUACAGAGACUCCUGCAAUUAAAACUAGAUCUGGGAGAGCCAUCAUAAAACCUAAUAGGCUUAAUCUGUAAAUUAGAAAAUGGGACUCUGAGAACUGAUGUUUAGUUAUGAUGUUUUAUUAUGUUUGAUAAGUUUAUAGUAACACAGGUGGGUUAAAGAUACAGUUACCUGAUCACAGUAUACUGAAUAUUCACCAAGUGCCUAUGGUCACACUGUUUUGUUAAAAGUUAAAUAGGAACAGACCUUUCAACAAAAGAGACAGAAUAAUCCUCUAAGGUCUGAAGAGACAACGGCAGUCUACCCUUUGUUCUCUAGAAAGGGGAGACGUGGUCUUAGCGUUUGUGUUUUAUAACGCUUAUUCAGCGGCACAUUUUACACUGGUUGGAGGUCUAGCAGGGUGGGACACACAGGGGCGCUGUGAGGCCACCUGGGACAAGGUUAAGGUUGACGAGUGAGAACGAGAGGAGUUGAAUAAAGUUUUUCCUGAUUCAGACA